AGCUUCUUUAGUUCUGAACACUCAUUUCGCUAGGGUUUAGGAUUUUCUUCAUCGCCUCAUCUGCGUCGUCGGCUUCUACGCUUCCUAAAGUACCCACAAACCCUCACCAUGGCGGAACAGACGGAGAAGGCGUUCUUGAAGCAGCCCAAGGUGUUCCUCUGCUCGAAGAAGUCGGGGAAAGGGAAGAGGCCUGGGAAAGGAGGCAACCGAUUUUGGAAGAGCAUCGGGCUGGGGUUCAAGACUCCAAGAGAGGCUAUUGAAGGUACAUAUAUAGAUAAGAAAUGCCCAUUCACUGGGGAUGUUUCCAUCAGGGGUCGCAUCCUUGCCGGUACCUGCCAUAGUGCCAAAAUGAUGAGGACCAUCAUUGUUCGGCGGAAUUACCUGCAUUUUGUUAAGAAAUACCAAAGAUAUGAGAAGAGGCAUUCAAACAUUGCAGCACAUAUAUCCCCAUGCUUCCGUGUGAAAGAGGGAGACUAUGUCACCAUUGGCCAGUGCAGGCCAUUGUCAAAGACAGUAAGGUUUAACGUCUUAAAGGUGAUACCAGCUGGUUCUUCAGGAGGCGGUAAGAAGGCAUUUGCUGGAAUCUGAGUUCUCCCUUGUGAAAGGUCUCAGAAGUAUCAGAUUUGAAGAGAAUGGUGUUAGAUGGAGCUUUUCCCUCCUGACGAUACUUCUUUUUUAUUCUUUUGUUGGCUCUUCAAAAUAUGAAAGUGUUCAUGACUUGUUUUAUGUUUCCUUUCAAUUAGUUACCGAGUUUUGCCUUGUCGAUUCAAUUUUUCAGUGAGAUACUUGUAGUUGUUUCUACGUGUGGUUUUGUUAUGCCCAAAGAACCGUGCAGAUGUAGUUCGGCCUUGA